AUGCUUGCGCAAAUGGCUGCAACUGCCGGUUCCGUCGCUGUUGGAUCUACCAUCGGUCAUGGUAUCUCCUCUAUGCUGUUUGGCUCCAGCUCAUCUGCAGCACCCGCGGAGACAGCAGCGCCCGUACAACAACAACAAGCAUACCAAACAACUGGCGCUGCUUGUGAAGUUCAAGCUAAGGAGUUCACUAAGUGUUUGGACAAGGCAGAUCUGCCAAGUUGCUCAUGGUACCUCGACCAGUUGAAGGCUUGCCAAGCCGCUGCUGCUCCCUAUUAA